AUGGAUGGCGAUGCUUCGGCAGGCAUCUCACCCUCUCCUUUGCCUCCUACACCACUCCCCUUGCCCGUCUCUGCUCCGUCAACACCUGCGCCUUCCGCUCCACCCACGCCCAACCCCCUAUCCCCAUUCAAAGAUGCCAACCCCAAGCCAAAGCCCAACAUCGAGCCUGAUGAACCCGACUUUGACGUUUUAGACAUCGGACCAAACUUGCGGCGCAAGCGCAAGCUGCAUGCUGCGGGGUACACUGCCGCCGAGGUGGCCGAGGUGGAAGCGCGCGCCGCUGCGAUCGACCUCGCCGUCGCUCUCGACCAACAGGACACACUGUUCGCUGAUCAGACGCGCUUCACGGGCUUUGAAGACGCGGUCAACCGCCUCCUCCCAUGGCAUAUCUGGCAGGUACCAGAGGACGAGCUCGUCCCCUCGCAACAGCGAGAUAAGGAAGAUUUGGCAUCAGCCAGUGAACAGGUCGCCAACCUCGUCGACAUUCGGCGUCGCUUCGCAAAGGUCCGCCGGCGGGAAGGCACACAUCCAUCGGACCUUCCCUCACUCAUCUACAUGUUGCGCGAGAGUACUGCCGAGGUGCGCGACGAGCUCGCGGUCGUCCAGGCGUCCCUCAAGGUCGCCAAGGGCAAGCAUGAACUGCAGCUCGCCGAGGAGCGUCGUGUACGUGAAGCCGCGGCGGCCAAGGAGCGGGCGCGGAUGGAAGAACUAGAGCGCCAACGCCGCAACCAGUUCCUCGCCCAGGCUCAGGCUCAGGCCAGGCAGCAGGCCGCACAGGCGGCGGCUCGUCCUCCUCUUCCAGCUACUGCGCCCGUUCCUGCUGUGCCUACUGUCCCAGCCCACACCGCAGUAUCAAGUACAGCUCCAUCCGUCACACCUGUAGCCGUUGGGCCCACCCCUGUGGCGCCGGCCGCGACUCCAACUCCAACUCCAACCGCGAGCACCACACCCAUGGCGCCAGUCCGAGGCCGUCCCCGAGGCCGCCCGCGCGGAUCUGGACGCGGCGGUACUCGUCAGCCAGCUACAAGUCAUGCCACUGCGGCCGCCGCGGCCGCGAAGAAGACGACGUCCCCCGUGCAGAUCACUGUCGCAAUGAGCCUCAUCCCAGCCUUCGUAGCUGCCGCCCUCCUCAUCCUACCCAAUCCCCAGAACAUCAAGGCGCCCGCGACGAUCAUCCGUACCUCGGACGACAAGAAGAACGUCACCCUCUCAAUCGACCUCGGCUCGUGCACUCAGCCGCAGCUGCAGACCCUCGCCCGCCUGCUCAACGUCCAGGCCAAGUUGCCCGCUAGUGCUGGGUCGAGUGCGCCAAGCCAAGGAGCUACGACGUCCGCACCCGCUGCAACAGCCGUCUCCGCCGCCGCUCAGCCAAGUGCUGCAGCAGCUACGCCAGCCGUGGGUACAUCCACAACAUCUGCGCCUCCCUCCGCACCCCAGUGA